AUGGAUGCUAUGAAAUCAUCGUGGACAGAAGUGUUCUUACAUCUCGAUGACCCUUGGCAAGUGUCUGAGGACCGGUGGCUGGCUUCCAAAGGCUGCAAGACCACUUCGAUGACCUUGGCAGAUAUCAGCAACGAUAACAUCGUGCAUGAUGCCAGCCGGCCUGCCAGUGGAGGUGAAUAA